UGCAUUUUUAAUCCCUCAUCAUCUCUCUCUCUCUCGCUGUCUGUGCAUUUCAUCUCUGUCAACUCCCCAACAUCCCCACAGCUCCCUCCCUUACGCUCUGUCUCUGACGCUAUAAUGGUCUUGUUAAUGCGAAUUCGAAACCGUUUUCCAAAACCACUAGCGGUUUUCCAAUGCUGAGAAAUGGGGAAAACAGCUAGGUGGCUCAGGGGGUUAUUGGGUGGGAAGAAGGAAAGAACGACGCAAUCGCCAGAUGCGAAACAGGAGAAGGAGAAGGAAAAGAAGAAAAAGAAGUGGAGCUUCGUCAGAUCUUUCAAGGACAAGGACAAAGAUAGGAGUAAGUCUACUCCGCAGCAGGUGAAUGGGGGUAAUGAUGAUAGGAGAGGAUCUUACAAAGAGGAAUCGUCGUCGUAUCCCUGUUCCUACAACGCUGGAUCAGUUGAAGACCAGAAUAAGCAUGCCAUAGCGGUUGCUGCGGCCACCGCUGCUGUGGCGGAGGCUGCGGUGGCGGCGGCUCAAGCGGCUGCCGCUGUAGUCAAGUUAACCAGCAGUAGUGGUCGCUGCGCUUCGACUUACGGAAAUGUCGGCAAGCGAGAGGAGUGGGCCACUGUUAAGAUUCAAUCUUCUUUCCGAGGCUAUUUGGCGAGGAGAGCUUUGCGAGCUUUGAAAGGGUUGGUUAGACUUCAAGCACUGGUGAGGGGCCACAUUGUGAGAAAAGGGAUGGUUGAGAAUCUACGAUGUUUGCAGGCAUUGGUGAGUGCUCAGGCGAGGGCUCGGGUGGGUCGGACCCUUAUUUCAGAAUCCCGGCAAGUUCUGUCACAUACUAAUUCUAGCCCUGCAACCCCUGAGAAAUAUGAACACUUGAUUCGUGCCAACAGUGCUAGACAUGAUCGGUCCUCUCCCCUUAAGAGGAGCAGUUCGAGGCCAACUAGCCGGGAUGGCAGCAAUAUGGAUAGAACUCAGUUUACAGCAAUGAAUCGCUCUGAGCAUUGGAUGGAUGAACGCUCAUGGGACCAUCGUCGGGAAACUCCAGUGAAAACCAUGCCCAUUGAUGAUGAGAAAAGUGACAAAAUCCUUGAAAUUGAUACUGGGAAGCCACACUUAAACUCAAAACGAAGGAACAACUUAUGUCACUCAUCCAAGUAUGCUACGACUUCAGAUCGGAACAGUCACAGCUUUACCACAUUGGACUCUCCUUCAGGAGACUCAACAACAGCUCAAUUGUCAGCUCGAAGCUUAGCUUUUGGUGAAGUCCAGUCAUUGAGACGUUUUGAACUCAAUCAUGAGGGUGAUGACACAUCUUUUUGCACAGCAGAAAACAACCCACAUUAUUUCUCAGCAAUAUCAAGGCCUAGUAGUGCCAAGACAAAGAGCGAAUGCUCUCGAAGCUUUUUCAUUGGGUACUCGGACUAUCCCAAUUACAUGUCGAACACCGAAUCCUUUAGAGCUAAGGUUAGGUCUCAGAGUGCUCCAAGACAGAGACCUGAAUUUGAAAAAUGUAGUUCGACAAAGAGGUUUUCUAUUAAUGGGUUAGGGGAUACGAAGUUAAGUGCUCAGAAGGCAUCGGUGUUACAUGCAAACUUCAAGAGCAAAGCAUAUCCUGGAUCAGGCAGGUUGGACAGACUAGGAAUGCCAAUUCACAGUGACUCAGUCAGCUUCAAUGGUGUGUACACCCGCAACAGAUACUAGAACUGUAUUAUGUGUGCUUGUUGGAUAUUUGGCUUGUCUCUUCAGUGUUUCCUCUU